AUGGAAAGUUUUAAUGACACAUGUGAUACUGUGGGAAGUGAAAAAAAUUCUAUAUCAAAUUCCGAAAAUAAUAACAGUAACGGAAUUAUAAAAAUAAUCAAAAAUGGAAAUGUCUCUUUCUCUGAAGACUUAAAAAUGUAUAGUACUAUACAAUUAAAUCAGGAAAUAGAAAUACUAAAAAAUCCAUUUCCUUUACAAGAAAUUAAUAAGAAAAACGAUAUUCCAUUAUGUGCUCAGGAGUUUUCGGAUUUAACAGAUCCAUUAUAUAUUAAGAAAAUUUGUUUAGAAAAAGUACAAGAAUGGAAUAUUUUUACAGAAGAUGAUAUAUGUGUUAAACAAAUAUUAAGUGGUCUAACAAAUCAAUUAUUUGAAGUUGCUCUAAAAGAUGAAACAUUAAAAGAUAACUAUUCAAUAAGAAGGCGUGUUUUAUUCCGAUUAUAUGGGAAAGAUGUUGACGAAUUGUAUAAUACAAUUUCAGAAUUUGAAGUAUAUAAAACUAUGAGCAAAUAUAAAAUAGCCCCUCAACUGUUAAACAUAUUUAAUGGGGGGCGUAUAGAAGAAUGGCUUUAUGGAGAUCCACUAAGAAUUGAUGAUUUAAAAAAUCCAACUAUAUUAGUUGGUAUAGCCAAUGUAUUAGGUAAAUUUCAUACCCUAGGUCAUAAAUGUCAUUUACCUGAACAUUGGGAUAAAAAACCGUGUAUUUAUAAAAUGAUGGAAAGAUGGAAAAAGCAACUUUUAAAAUAUAAGAAUGUAGAUAAAUUUAAAGGUGAUAUUAAUAAAUAUUUGAAGGAAUCCGAUAAAUUUAUUAAAUUUAUGAACAUAUAUUCCCAAUCAGAUAAUAUUGCUAAUAAUGUCGUUUUUUGUCAUAAUGAUUUACAAGAAAAUAAUAUUAUAAACACUAAUAAAUGUUUACGUCUAAUCGACUUUGAGUAUUCUGGUUAUAAUUUUCUAUCAGCAGAUAUUGCAAAUUUUUUUAUUGAAACAUCCAUUGAUUAUUCUUUAAGUACUUAUCCAUUUUUUAAUAUUGACAAGAAGAAAUAUAUUUCAUAUGAAAAUAGAAAGUUAUUUAUUACUUCAUAUUUAUCGAUUUAUUUAGAUAAAUCUUCUUUAAUAGUCGAUCAAAAAACAAUUGAUCAGUUUUUAGAGGCAAUCGAAGUUCAAGCUUUAGGUGCUCAUUUGUUAUGGGGAUUUUGGUCUAUUAUUAGAGGAUAUCAAACCAAGAGUUAUAACGAAUUUGAUUUUUUUCUUUAUGCUCAAGAAAGGUUCAAAAUGUAUGAUGAUCAAAAGGAGUAUUUGAUGUCAAAUAAUAUUAUUAAAAAUUAUGAUUAG